AUGGACAGUUUCGUCGUCGAAGCUGGCAUCAGCGACAUGGCCAUGGCUGGGGGCCCGACGCGAUGUUCGCACUCGGAUGUGGUGGCGCCACCUUUCCGAAGCACCUCAUCCGGGGCAGCUGUUACCAAUAGCGCCCAAACACUUCUCGAGGCGCUGCCCGCUGUCGAGGCUGGAGAGGCGCUGCUGCAGGCCAUCUUGCGGUUGCACCCCGACUUUCAAAACGAUUGGCGAAUCCGGCAACAUUCAUGGUCCGACGAGACACAGCCGGCGAGUGCCGCCAUCGCCUAA